GUAAUCACAAUGCAAACCGGUCGAGACAAAACGAGAAAGAAGCAAGAAUGAGGCCGAUAGAGAUAUUGGUUAAAAACCCAGUUCAAGAACCGGCAUAAACACAGUAUUAAUCGAACCGGGACUCCAUUAUCAAAGUACAAUUGCUUAAGGUCUCUCUCGUUCUUCUCCUCUCGAUCGUUCUUUCCCCAGAACCCUAAAUCAUCUUCCCCAAAUUCCAAAACUCAUCGUACUCAAAAUCAACAAAGGAACCACCUUUCUUACAGAGGAAAUCGAUGGAGCAUCCCAACUAUCCAUAUCAAAAUCCUUUCGAGAGGCGUCCCAUCCUUAAAUCGAAAGCUCCUGCUGUGAAGUGGAUCAAAGAGUGGGUACCACAAGAUAUUGUUGCUACAGGUGGGAAGUGUUAUCUUCACAAAUGGGUUACAGAGGACACUCUGAAGAGACUCAAAGAAAAAGAGAAAGAGCCUGAUGUUCCAGAGCCUGAGCCAGAACCAACUACCGAGAUUUUGUUUCUCUGCAGUUACGAUGGAUGUGGGAAGACUUUCUUUGACGUUAGUGCGUUAAGAAAACAUUCUCACAUUCAUGGAGAAAGGCAAUAUGUUUGCAAUCACGCAGGAUGUGGAAAGAAAUUUCUGGAUAGUUCAAAGUUGAAGAGGCAUUAUCUUAUUCAUACUGGAGAGAGGGCUUUUGUAUGUACUUAUGAAGGCUGUGGAAAGGCAUUCUCGUUGGAUUUUAACCUCAGAUCUCAUAUGAAGACUCAUUCACAAGAAAAUUAUCACAUCUGUCCAUACAGUGGGUGUGGAAAGAGAUAUGCUCAUGAAUACAAGCUAAAGAACCACGUUAUUGCCUACCAUGAAAAGAAUGGUGCUGGAGAGACGCCCAAAUAUACCCCACCCGCAGAGAAAGUAUCGAGGACUGUCAAAACACCUGCAGCAGUUUUUGGUGCGUCUCCGGAUCGACCAUACGCAUGCCCUUACGAAGGGUGUGAGAAAGCUUACAUACAUGAGUACAAGCUUAAGCUCCACUUGAAGAGAGAGCAUCCAGGGCAUUUACCAGAAGAGAACGCGGAGAACCCCACACUGAACAAGCACAGCGGCAAUGACAGGAAUGAUAUUGAUAAUGGGAGUGACCAAGAUGUUUACAGGAAACACGCUAGUAAUGGGAAAAGCCAGUCACAUAAACAACAGAGCAGAACUAAGCCAAACAUGAGGACACCACCGGCCAAAGUUGGGAAGAAAGGUUCAACCUCUUCGCCAGCCAAAGUGAGGAUUGCAAAUAAACCAUGGCAAGCAAAAGAAGCUUUUGAAGAAGUAGAAAGAGAAGAAUUAGAAGAAGAUAGCGAGGAGACAGAGGAAGAUAGAGAGAAUGUGGAUGAUGGCUGGAGGUUUGGCGAAAACAACGAGGAGGAUGAUGAUGAAGAGACAGAGUAUGAAGACUAGCUUGAAUUUCAUCGAAUUCAUAGACGCAUAGGAUACCUUUUGCUUACUUCCCAUAUCUAUAUGCGAUGGUGACUUUAGUAGCUUUGUUUCGUUUGCCUUUUACAUUCUUCUUCAUUUUUAAACCUUUGUACAGUGUUCUGAUAACAUUUUUGGAAAGCUCUUUUUAUAGGUUUGGUCAACU